UCCCAAUGGAUAAGAGCAUUAUUAGAUUCAACCACUGUGACAAGGACAUCUUUUGUUGCUUUGUUCCCGAUGAAUGUCCUGAAUGUGGAGUUCGUUUCAGUGGGAAGAGGCUUGAAGAAGCACCGGUCAGCAUCCCAAACCCUUUCUCCAAUGGACAUAAAGUCCCAUGUGCCUUUCUGGUUGCACCAACAGAAGACAGCGUGUUAAGAGACUUUGAUGGCCACCCUGAUCUACACACAGGAGUUACGAACACAAAUGGUGUGGUCUACAAUUACACCAGGACGGGUAUCCAUAGAGAUCAUCAGGGAUGGGAACGCUGUAUUUGCAUCCCGCUGGUUCAACCGGACAUGUUUAAUCUGAUCAGUCAGUGGGAUGAGUAUCUGGAGAAGUUCUCCUCCGCUCAGAUGUGGGAUCAUCUAUUGCAAAGCUUUCACGAGGAAACACACAAUUGCUACAGCUACACAUUGAUGUUCAUAAACUGCUUGCUGGCCACCCAGUCGAAGCCAGCCCUGAGUAAAGAUGAAUUCACACACACGUUUGUGCUGCCACGCAUAAGAAGAGCUACAAAAUACAUGAUGUUGUAUCGAGAGAUUUCCCAGAAUCACUUCUACAUCCUGAACAGUCCUCGGAGAAACUCACAAGAGGCUGCGAGUGAGGAAGAUGACAGAAUAUAUUCCACUUAAUGGAGAAUUU